AUGGCGUGGGAGUGCAUGGUCUCCCUUCACCCAGUGCUUCGAUCCCUGGCCCGACUCAAGCCCACUAUGACGCUGGAGGAGGGACUGCAGCGGGCCGAGCAGGAAUGGGAGCGCAUGAGCAACUUCGACCGAAUGAUGUAUUACGAGAUGGCGGCAAACCUCGGGGCUGCAAGAUUCCACGGACUGGCACUCUCAGCACCCAGGAAUGGGGUUCUGCCCAGGCCUUUGGGACUUAAGCUCGGCUACUUGUCCCUGAGCUUUGUGUGUGUGGAGGCCGUCAUUCACCCUCAGUUCCUGGCACAUUUGCUUUCCCCAGAACCACAGCUGGAUCCCUUAGCCCUAGCUGAGGAGUUAGAACAGGAGGAAGGACUCUCUCCUGAAGAGGUGGUCCUGACCCCACCCACACCCACGUCCACGUCCCCCAAACACGGCGCUCCCCGACAAGCGCACUCCGUGCUCAGGCGCUGCACGCGGGAGCCCCUCACCCUCCUUUUCUCCUCCCGCUCUGCCUUAGCCUCUGUGCCCAGGAAAGCCGGCCCCAGGGCCAAACCCGCCCACCCGCAGCCACACAGAUCCCAGCGGCCCCGGGAGACCAAGGCACCCAAGGAGAUUCCCCUGGAGGCUGUCAAGGAGUAUGAGGACAUCUUGGAGGAGCUGCUGGGGCCUGUCCACUCGGCCACUGGGGAGACAGAUGCAGAAUGCCCAGAGGACGGGACCUACCCGGACUCGAGUCUCCUGAGCUACAUGGACCAGCUGUGUUCCCAGGGAGACUUUGUCACCAAGGUGGAGGCCGUCAUUCACCCUCAGUUCCUGGCACAUUUGCUUUCCCCAGAACCACAGCUGGAUCCCUUAGCCCUAGCUGAGGAGUUAGAACAGGAGGAAGGACUCUCUCCUGAAGAGGUGAGCCAGAGGAGGGAGGGACACUCAGGGAGACUAGGGAGGGAGGGAUCCCAGUUACAAGAAGGAAGGCAAAGGACACCGAGGGAACCAAGGUGAGGCAGGACCCAGGUGAGCCAAGGAAGGGAUGGGACGCCAGAACAGGAGGCCCACAGCGCUCUACUCAACCCUCCCCUGCCUGGAAGGCCUGGCAUUGUGGAGGGCCUGCUAGGGACUGGGGCAAUGCAGGACCGUAGGAAGGAGAGGA